GGUCGACACGGGAGUUAGAGAAGAAAGAUGGUGCGCAGAUGAAAACAAAGAGAAAACAAGGAUAAAUUAUUGCAUUUUUCCACACUUUCCACCUCAAGUCAGUGAUUUAAAGUGCAGUAGAUAUGAACAGUGAUAAAUAGGGAUAAUUUUGAGAAUGUGAAAUUGUAUUUUCCCGCAGUGAGUGAUUGAGAAAUUGACCAGGAAGAAGUAGUCAAUAAGACGCAGUUUUAGUGAAAAUUUCCAAGGAGUUUUCUUGAGAAAAAUCCCAGAAAAAUGGCAAGUGGGUCAAUGCCACUGAAGAUGGCUGAGAUAUCCAUCAGGAAGUUCAACGAGGAUGCAAUUCCCAGUCAUUUGGGCCUUCUGAGGAAUCAUAAAAGUCAGAUUGAGAAGAGCUUAGCUCUGCAUGAUUGGGAGCGCGUCAAGAGGGAAGAAAUCAAUGCAACGAGGGUGAUAAAGCAGCUGAAGAAUCUCCUGCUUGAAAUGGAGAUCCUGAGGGAUAAGAUCCAGCAAGAAGAAGUGCCCAAAUUUGAUGAUUUGACAAACAAAUCUCGUCGAGAAGCAAUUGAGAGUAUUCAGGAAUUUGUGGAGCUUAAGCUAAAGUCUCCAGAUAAAUCCCGGAGUUCCACGUACAGUAACCUCGAGGAUGUGGACGUAGUUGAAGAUCUGCCAAGGCUAGAGUCUGAAUUCCAACUCACAGAGCAUCAACUGAAAGCCCGAGAAGCCUGCCUGACAGAAUACGAAAAUCUUCACCGGGAAGUCCAAGACAUUCACGAGCUAUUCCACAAAUUCCACGAGAAUGUCCAGGAGCAAGCGGAGAGUGUAAAUCUCGUCGAAGAGAAUGUCUCUCAAACGGAAGUCAAUGUACAGCAGGGCGAGCAGAAUCUUCGAACCGCCCUGAAGUACAAAAAAGCCAUGUAUCCGGUUUGUGGAGCUCUCAUUGGGACUUGCAUUGGAGGUCCUAUUGGAUUCUUCGCCGGACUCAAAGCUGGUGGCCUGGCUGCAGUUGGAUGUGGCAUUCUAGGCUUCACAGGUGGUGAAAUACUCAAAAGGAAGGAGCGAGAAGGCAUCGAAGAAGCCACGGAACCUGAGCAAGCGACAGAAUCCGCCAAAAACAAAUGACACACAGUUUGCGACAUCCAGUAAGAAAUCCAAGGAAUAAGUCGCCUUCUAAAAUACCUAACAAGUCAUUAGCCAACUGUGUCUAUUUUUAGAGAGCUUGCCUUCGUGUUUCCGUGUUAAAUAAUUAUUUUGAAAAAUACCUAUAGCUUUAAAUAAAGUUCCCAAAAAUA